GCGUGCCGGCGCUACGUCGCGCCCGAGCAGCCGCGCUGGGGGGCCGACCGCGAUCUCAUCUGCUGCUACUACGACGCCGGGCGCCGCAUCGAGCAGAUCCGCAGGGCCAGGGGCCACGUGCACAGAACGGGCUUCCAGGAGCGCCUGGAGAAGAUCUGCGCGGCCUCCACGGAGAAGCUCGAUGCCGCCGUGCAGAGCCUAGGGCCGAAUGCGUCCCUGAAGGACGCGAUGCGGUCCCCCGCCGUGGACCAGGACGUCAAAGACGCGCUCUCCGAGCUCAUGGUGUUCACCUCAGAAGUUCUCGGCUCGGACGGCGCGCGCGCGAAAUUGCGCCACGAGCAGAACGGCUUCGCCCUCAUGUUCGGCGGCGCCGGUGGCUUUCUGACUCCGAACGUCGCGGACGUGCGGAGCCCCAUCUUGCUUGCCCUGCACGCGGCGGGGGGCUGCGAGACCCACGCCGUGGACCUCCUCGCGGAAGCCCCGGACAUGCCCUCCGCGCGGAAGAUGCUCCAGAUCGUGGCGCAGGACCCGGUGGCCCAGGCCCGCUUCUUCAUCUUUAGCAUGCAGCUUUUCUGCGAGCACGUGCUGGGCACCGGCCCCUGGGACCUCCACCUGCGCCACAACGGCCGUUGCGACGGGGCGGCUUUCCCCGAUGGCUUCGCCACUUCGUGCACGGGCGGAGCCUUCCUCAUGUUGGCGGCGCUGCACGGGCCCAUCGAGGAGCAGGCCCGGCUGUCCAUCCACCCGCACAUCCUCCUGUGGUUCGUGCACGCGCAGUCCGAGCAGUGGCUCCGGUGCGUGCUCAACAGGGAGACCGAGGAGAUCCGGCAGCGGCUCCGCGUGUGGCAGGAGAAGACCUUGGCCGCAGUGCAGUCCAUGCAGCUGGACUCAGCGGCCGUGCUCCCGCUGCUCCUCACCGACGACCCCGACCGGGCGCCCGAGCCCAGGAACACGCCCUUCUCCGAGAAGCUGCAGCGGGAUUGCCGCAUGGAUGGGGAGCUGGAGCACGACGUGGACGAGCCGGAGAAACGGCGCGUCUUCUUGGCCACAGAGCCCCCAUUCGAGGACCACCACCUCCGACGGCAUCGGAUGUCCUUGGCGCCCGAGGCGCGACCCAUGAGCGAAUACAUGGUGCCCCAGACGGGCGCCCAGCUCUGUCGCCUCGAGCACUACAGGCUGCUGCGCCCGACCACGGGCGACGACCUGGAGACCGCGGCGGGCCGGAGCGCGGAGGCGGCGGCCUGGGCCGCGCGCUACGCCGAGGAUUACCGCCAGGACAUCGCCGUGGGCCAGAUGCACCAGCACAAGGACACGUGCUUCAAGUACGUUGUCGAGAAGUCCAUGCGCUUCGCGCGGCACUGCCGCUUCAACUUCUGCCACUUCGUCAAGCUCUGGCUCCGCGUCGGCGACGGCGGGGACUCCUCGGCGCAGCAGAAGCGCUCCAAGAAGCUGGUGACCUUGGCGCGGACCGGCAAAGACCUCGUGCUGCCGCGGGGGCCAGGGGAACCGGAGCCGGAUAUGUUCCCCCUGGACGAGGACGGCGCGCCCGUGCCCCUGCGCCCCGGGCGCAAACUCGGCCCGGUCGUCAACCUCGAUCCCGACCAUGGGAAGCAGGGUCUGGUCAUGCCCAUUCGCUGGAACCCGAUGGAAGGCAGCUCCAACGGCGUGGCCCAGACGGCGCUGAACUCCAACGUGGACUUCCAGAGUAUGAUGCGCACUUUCCUUGACGGAUUUGAUGUCCAGAUGCGGGACAGGCUGCGCGACCCGCCCCUCUCGGCGGACGACGAGGCCUCGCUCCAGGCGGAGGAGGACGAGAAGUUCGAGGCAAGCUUCGCCGCGAACAUGGAGAAGCUUGCGGCCGCCCGCAAGAGGGCCAACAAACCAGAGCUGGAAUAUGAGGAGGCGGAGAUGAGGCUCCGGCAACAGCGAGCCGCUCGCAGGGCGGCGUAUCUGAGGUUGGGCCCGGCCGAGCGCUUCAGGCGCAGUAUCAAAGCAAUGACCGUCGCCAUUAUGAAGCAGUCCGUUCAGGCCAUGUUCUACGCUUGCGACUACUCCACGAAGCCGAACAUGACCUGCGCGCCGCUCCUGGUCGCGGUUCGCGACGGCAUUCGGCGCCUGGAGGAGCGGCUCCGCACCGAGGUCCAGGACGAGGCUCGGCGGCGCUUGAUCCGACAGGCCACCGCUGCCAACCAGGCCAUCGUGAAGGGGAACUGCCUCAUGGUCAUGCAGAUGCUCACCCGACGCGAGGUGCUGCGCUCCCACUCCACCUGGCAGUUGAUGAUGAAGAACGCCAUGUGGCUGGCCUUCGAGAGCCGACGACUUCGGCAGGGGUUCGACGAGCGCGAGCAGCUGCACGAGGCCACGGUGCUCCUCGACGCCGCGGAAGUGGACAGCCAGGCCACUGACCCGGACGAUUGUGACAGCGAGCCCGAGGAGCGCGACGAGAGCGCCGACGGCGACGCCGCCGACGAGGCUUCAGACAUCCCAGAGGCACCGCGCAAUCAUGCGUCGCCGCUGGGCACACGCGGCGAGAGUCCGGCUGGGCCGCGGAGGCGCCGCGCAGCGAUUGCACCCGCAGGGUCAGCUGCGCGCCCGGCGCCGCCGCCGGCCAGCGUCGCCGCCGAGCUCGGUUCUGCUGCCUCCACGCAGGUCGCGGCCGCGGGCGGCGCGCCCACAGACGAUGCCUUCGCGGCGCGCGGGGAGCGCGGCGCCUCCUUGGCCGAGGAGGCCACGGACGAGCCGCAGCAGAGAAACGCGGGGGUCCGCCUGAAGAGCAACAGCUACUACGACGACUACUUGCACCGCGGCUCCGCCGAGUUCGGCGCGUCGGGUCGAGCGGCGAAGACCCUCCUGGCCUCCAUGUCGUAUUACGACUACGGCAUGUGGGUGCGCGUCGUGCCCGGGGACCCGAACGCCCUGGCGCCAGACGAGUACGCUUUCGCCGGCCACUACGGGAAGCAUGCCGACUACGUCCAGCAGCUGCGGGCCGCGCCGGCCGCGCCGUACAUCUCCGGCUUCGCGAUGCCGACCGAAGAGAAGGACCCGGAGACGAACGCCUGUUUCAAGCAGGUGUUGUUGAGGCCGCAUGCGUGCCCGGGGCCGGACAGCUGUCGCCAGGUGCACUUCGCCCAGCACUUCUGCUGCGCGUCCCGCAGCAGGGAGGGGGGGCGGGCCAGGGGUCGCGCCCCUCUCUCCUUCCUGGGACCUUGGCGCGCGUAUCGCGCCGAGCAGCUCGUCCUGGCGAAGCGGGCCGACCAGGCCCUGCAGCGCUCGCGGCAAUGCCCCGUGCUGCACGACGCAACCGCCAUCCGUUACUGGCAUCUCCCCGGCACCGCGCGCGGGGGCCCGGUCCACGAGAGUUUCCUGCCGUUGCUCUGCGGCGGCCGCCAUGCGACGGACCCUGGUUUGGACGGCACGUGGUGCCGCCGCCGCGAGAUCCCGACCCCCGUCGCAGGCGCCGAUCUGCAGCGGCCGUCGCGCGGAGCGGUGUGCUGGCGCAUGGCCCUCCCGGUGGACCUCGCCUGGGCCGUGCUGCGCUUCGCGGGCGACGUCCGCGGCGACGACGGGCGGCGCCUGGGGGUCGCCGGCUCGGAGGAGGAGCGCGCUCGGCUCGACGAGCGGGCGGCCCGCGAGGGCGAGUCGAUCGCCUGCGCCUGUCCUGGAGUUCACGACGACCAGCUGACCCCCGAGAUGUUCUUCGCCGUUCGGCACGUGGAGGUGGCCGCCCGCCUGGAGUACAUGGCCGAGGCCCGCGGGCUGCCGAAGCCGGCAAGGGGGCCCAGCGACGCGGUGGCGGAGGAGGAGCUCGGCGGAGAUCGCUCCGACGAUGACGGGGCCUUCGGCCUGGACGAGGCUCUGCCAGGUGAAGAUUCCUCCGCGGAGGAGCGCCAGGAAGUGGCAGACGCGCGAGAGGACAGGGAGGGCAUGAGACCUCGCUGGAGGCUGGCAGAGGAAGAGUUCGACGACGUCGUGCACCGGACGGCGGCGGCCCAGGCGGCUAAGAGCAGUCGCGUGGGAGCGCACAAGAAAGCCUUGAUGGAAACGUUCUUGCAGUUGCAACGCCGCGCUUACGCCUGCGUUCGGCAGCCCUGCGCCGUGCCCGAGCGCGCCCCUCGGCUGGCGGCGAUGACUCCUGCUGACGUGCAGACCGCCAAAAAGAACCAGGACGCGAUCCGCGAACAGAGGGCCGCCCAGGACGACAAUCUGGAGGCCGCGGGCGCCGAUCUGCCCGUCGCCGCGGCGGCCUUCUCCGACGCGCCCGCGCCGUCGAGGCGCCUCGGCCCGGAGGACGUGCCGAUCUCCCCGCUGCAGGCGGCGCUGACCCUCAUCGCCGAGUCUGGGGUCUGGAAGAGCAAGGAGCAGUACCUGGUGACGCUCUUCCUCCUUCAACCGAUACAACAACUGUGGCAGAAGGCCCUCGAGACGGACGGCUUGGACAGCUUGUCCACGGCCGCGGGCCUCGCAGCGGCCUCGAGAGACGUGCAGGUCCGCCGCGUCUUCCUGCACGGCCCGGGGGGCUCGGGGAAGACGUAUUGCAUGACCGAGGUGGUCAACAAGGUGGUCGUGCGUUUCUUCGGGCACAGGGGCCUGAAGCUCGUGGCCGCGGCCAACAGCGCCGCCCGCAUCCUCGGCGGCAAGACCAUGCACGCGGCGGCGAAGCUGACGCGGAAGCAGUCUCUCGCGGCGAGUAAAUUGAAACCCAACACCAGGGCGAAGAAGAAGUUGGAGGCCGAGUGGGAGUACCUUGUGCUCCUCCUCGCCGACGAGAUCGGCCUGGCGUCCCCCCCGCUCCUUGCGGGCCUGAGUCGCCGCGCGACUUUCGGCCGCAAGGACUUGCUGCGGCUGUGCGUGGCGAGGGCCAUCGAAGAGCCCUUCGGCCAGGUCCCCGCGCAGGCCAUCAUGGGCGACUUCAUGCAGAUCAACCCGGUCUGCAGCCACACGCUGCUGGAAGCCCUGCUGGCCCGCGCGCGCGUCCCCGGCGUGCCGCGGGAGAUCACGGACGAGGACGAAGACGGCUGGAAGGUCUUCAGGAAGAUGGCCUCCGACGUGGUCGUCUUCACUGGCACGCGCCGCUUUCUCGACGAGGACCUACCGCUGCUCUUCGAGGUCAUGCGCACUCCGGGCGGGGCGAGAGUGCCUGACGACUUGCGCGCGAAGAUCAGAGAUCGCGUCCAGCGGGGCCCCGACGACCCGAGGAUGUCCAUGGACUACGAACUGGAGGGCGUUCGGGGCUUCUUCGCCCUCGGCGCUCGCGCGGCGAUCCAGUGGGAGCAGGUCGCGCGCCUGCAGCAGCUCCACGUGCUCGCCUCCGCGAGGGUCUGCCCUGGCCCCAGGGCCUUGCUCAACGGGGAGGACGGCCGGCCGGAUCUUCGUCGCCACGGCUUCAGCGCGGCGCAUUCGGGGGCGCGCGGGCAGCUCGUCUAUUAUUUCCAGGCCGUGGACCGCUUCAAGCACCACCAGGACCGAGACAUGUACCUCGAGGCGCUGAAGUUCAUGAACCUCUCCAAGAGCAACGGCCUGCCGGGCAUGUGCGCGGCCUACUUGGGCAUGCGAGGGCGGCUCGCGAAGAAGGUCAUGGGGCCGGAGCUGGUGCAGGAGGCCACGGGCGAGGUCGUGGGCAUCCGCUUUCACCCGCGGGAGCGAUUCGGCUUCGGGGAGAAUCUCGGCGGCGAUCUCGACCAGGUGGACUACACUGGCCUGGGCAAGCGGGGCGUGUUCCAUCUGGAGCCUGUGCAGGACGAGUGGGAGUUGCCCGUCGCGCGCGUGCAGACGGUGAAUCACCCGGGCGCGCCUCGGGCCAAGCAGUUCGUCGUCAAGAGCAAGCAGAAGAAGGGGCUGCAGGUCGCGCGCACGCAGCUCAGUUGGGCGCCCGAGGACCAGCUCACUUUCCAGAGCAUCCAGGGCCGCACUAUCCGCGGGCCCGAGGGCCAGCCCAAAGGUUUCGUCGUCGACCUCUUUCGGCCUGGCACGAUGCAGGGCGAGGAUCGCCGGGGGGAGUACUUCCAGCACGUCUGGAUGAUCCUUGGAAGAGCCAGGAAGCUGGAGUGGAUGCUGCUGCAGAACUUCCCGCUCGACGAGAGCACCGGCGAUCUGGACUGGUCGAUCCUCGAGCAAGGGCCGCCGGACUACCUCAUCGAGUUCUUGGGCGCGGCUGCGACGCUCAGCAGGAGGACUUCGCGCAGGAUGCUGCGCGCGCAGAAGGAGCUGGGGGCGCCGGCCUGGGAGGACGUGCCGGAGUGCCCGCUGGACCCCGACCGCCAGGGCAGAUUCUUGUAUAUCGCCGAGGACUGGAUCAGGGCGGGCGCCGCCUGCGCCCGGCCCGUCGCAAGCGCCUCGGCCGAGGCGAGGCCCGACGCGGCCCCGCGGAGGAGACUCCGGGGCAAGAGGCCGCGCGAGGAACUGCGCUCGAAGACGGACCGGCCGACCGCGCCGCCCGACGAGCCCGGGGGCGCUCCGCCGCGGCGGAAGCGGUCGCGCGGCGAGGGCGCCGGGGGCGAGGGCGAGCGGGCCUGCGCGCCUCCUGGCGCGGCGCCGGCCUCUUCGACGCAGUCGACCCUGCCGUCGGCGCCCUCGGCCAGCGCCGGCGGCUGGCACUGUUCCUUGCUCGGCCGCGCCAUCGGCCGACGAAGGCGCGCGCCCGCGUGGUUCAACAAUCCUCUCAUGGGCGAGGUCGACCCCGCGUCCGGCACCCAGCUGGGCCUCACGUGCGGUUUCUUCGCGGUGAACCAUUGCCUGGGCCACGCGGGCAUGCCGCAGCUGUCGGCCGAGGAGUUCCGGCAGGGCGCGAGAGACGGACUCUACCCCGAGGGGGAUUUCGACGACGGGGGGUUGCGUCAGAACCUCGCAGAGCGCGGGUGCCAUUUCGAUUUGUUGCAGGGCGCGGACCACCAGGGCGCCAUCCUCGCCGUGGGGGACUCCGACAGCUGUCUGGCUGUCUUCAACGGCAACCACGCCUUGGGUGUCAUCCUGCACCAGCCAUGCCCUCGACAUUGGAUCGCGCUCGUUCGACCUCCAGAGGCCGUUCGAGACGGCGACGCCGCCUGGCUUUGCGACUCCUUGCACUCGGCGGUCUUCGCCCUUGAAGCCAGCGAGGUGCAGGACCUCCUCGGCCACGUGGGCUCGGCGCAGAUGGGCGCCGCGGACAGGGCCGGGAGCGAGCUCGACCGGAUGAGGGAGAUCUCCGACUGGUGUGCCUACAGAGUCCACCGCUGA